AUGGCGGCCGUGCGGGCCGCGCUGCUGGCGCCGCUGCUGGCGCUGUGCCGGGCCGGGCCGGGGCCUGCGCCCGCCGCCCGGGUGGAGGUGGCGGUGACCGGGCCGGGGCCGGGGCCGGGCCCGGGGGAUGGCGGCGGCAGCGCGGCCGCGGGGCCCACAGGCUCCUACACCCUGCGCGGUGCCGUGCUGGGAGCGGGGGGCGGCCGCGCCGGGCCGCGGGGUGAGGAGGAGCAGGAGGAGAUCCGCGGGCGGCUGCUGCUGGUGGGGGACGCGGAGCCGGAGCUGGGCGCUGCCGGCAGCUGGAUCGGGGUGGUGCCGGUGGGCGAGGAGCCGGCGGAGCUGCCCCGCGGCGCCCGCGAGGAGUCCUUCACCACCGCCGUCGUCAGCAAGAUGAAGCGAGCCCUGGUGCUGGGGGCCUCGGCCCUGCUCAUCCUGGCGCUGAACCAGAACGCCAUCCGGGAGCUGGACGUGUCCCAGCUUCUCGCCAAGCCCGUGAUCGUGAUCCAGUCCUCAGACAACGUCACCAGGCUGCUGGGAGCGCUGCUGCGGGGGCUCCAGGCGACAGCCAAGAUCACGUACCAGGCGGUGCUGCUGGAGAACCUGGGAGUGACCCUCACGCUGUGGUCAACCUGCGGCCUCUCUCGAGGGGGCCUCUACGGGGAGUGGCAGGGGGUGAUCUGCACCGGGGAGAACAGCUCACAGGUCCAGAAGUACCUGCAGCAGCUCUGGAACACCAUCUUGCUCAUCGCCCUGCUCCUCUGCACCGGUGUGAUCGUGCAGGCGCAGCGGCAGUCGCGGCAAGACCCAGCGGAGCACAAUGCUGAGCUGGACCUGAAGCAGCUCAUCCACCGGCGGCUCUCAGCGCUGAAAACACGGCGCUACCACCCCGGCAAAGCGCUGCGGAGCCGUGCCUGCGAGAUCGAUAGCUGUGCCGUGUGCUUGGACCAGUUCCACAAGAGCCAGUGGCUGCGGGUGCUGCCGUGCUGCCACGAGUUCCACCGGGACUGUGUGGACCCCUGGCUUCUGCUGCAGCAGACCUGCCCCCUCUGCAAGCGCAACAUCCUGGGUGAGAGCCCACCGCCACCACGGGGGUGAGGGCUGGGGGGAACCAGAGCCCCCCCGGCUCCCCAUGCCAUCCCCUCCAUCCUCCUGCCUUGCAGGGAACUGCUGCCCGGAGAGCUAGCUGGCCUGGUGGCAGGGCUCCAGGGACGGACCCAUGGGUGCUCCGGGGAAGGACUUGGGGUGCUCAGUAGCAGCACUUGCUGCUGGCACGGGCUCAGUGCCCAUUGCAGCCCGAAGGAAGAUCCUGGGGGGGCUCUCCCAAAUGAGCACCAGUAGA